AUGGACCGCAGUAUUGUCGAUCGAAGGAUUAGCUUCCGGUCCUCGUCGCCGUCGUCCCCGGCGAACCUGUCGGGCUCAGUGUCGGGGAGCAACGCGCAACUCAACCCGCACACCGGCAGCCUGCGUGCGCGGCGAUUUCCAUCACAGCGUGUGGUGUGCGCCGAUGGAAACCAACACCCCUACAGUCACAACAACAGUACGUGCAGCGCCAGCGGCAGCAUCGUGGCACUUGCGCGGUUGGAGAGUCAGGAGUUGUUUGGGGCCUAUCCUGCGAUCCCAACCCUGCAGCACCGUCACCCGGGCGACUCGAUCGUGCCCCUCAUGGGGCGGCCAAGCCUGGACUCGAUGUGCGAGCUCUUAUCAAACGCCUCCCCCACCUCGCAGGUGGCGGCCCCAACUUUUUCCUUCUACGCGGCCAAAGACGCCGUCGCCGUGCAGGAACACUCCACCCUUCCGAACCAGCACUCAAUGCCGAAGAGCGUGACCGUCAUCUACUCGCAGCCCUCCUCGCCCAGCGACGCCUACUUGCGCGGGACGGACUACGUCAGCGCCCGCGGCAUAUCCGUUACGGAGGACGAUGCGAACGAAGACCGGGUGAAGGUGCGUGUCGAAGGCUACUACGAGCACAACGGUGUCGGUGUACUCAUCCCGAACGACCUGCCCCCAAGCACGCUGCUCUACGUCCUUACCGCCUCCGACGGCCGUGAUUUGAUGUUCAAGCUCAUCCAGUACAGCCUGCAGCUCACCAUCUGCUUCCUGAAGACGCCAUCGCUAUUCUCGCCGGAGGCGCAGAUACUGAUGGGCCCGAUGGCGGAGCGGCUUUACCGCAACUACAACACGAUCCGCCACGGCCGCAGCCUGUUCAAGAUGGGUCGCGGCCUGCUCAAUCUCUUCACACUGCAGACCGUGUGCGAGCGAAUGUGGAUGAAGUACAAGAGCGGCAUCUCUCGCGCCACAUGCGCCGUCGUGAUGCCCGUCGUAUCGUGCCUGGAGAAGGGGCUAAUGUCCAUGGGGGCGUCGCCGUUGUGGGGCCAGUACUUGUCGUGUCGGCUGCUGCGCUGGACGCAGGCUGCCCAGGUUACGCCAGGGCAGGGCCGCAGCGAGGAGCCCGAGAACUCAACGGUCCCGGACUGGCGCACUCAGCAGCGCGCGCAUGAGCAGCCGUCCACGCCGUCGGCAAAGGACACACUGCUGACGGACGGCGUGUACACCACGUCUGGUGCGGAGAAGGCUGAGCAAUCGGUGACGACCAUGCAGGCUGCCAGUGGGAGUGUCGCCGGCCUGAAGUCUCUCAAGGGCAACGUCGGCUUGGCGCUGAAGGAGGUAUAUGACUGCGCGGGCGGCGGCGGCGGCGUCGGUGGCGGCGAUGCGUGGUCGUCGCAGCCCACACCUCCAUGCGCGACGGUGGAUAGUCAGACAAGCACGUCGAGGGUACACUCUGAGCAACCGUCCCCCGCCACGGGCGACGCCGCGGCCAGCAAGGGCGUGGGUGAGCUUUCGCUGCUUCCGUGCGCGCCGUCUGGUGGCCUGUCGGCGGAAGGCUUGGGCAGAAGGACAUCCGAGAUUGCCACAGCGGCGCCAACACCGAAUGCAGAAAGUAAGCGCGAGUUCAGUGACCCUGGUGCGCUGCUGUGCAUGCCCUCCGGCCCCGCUGCGGGCUCCGCCUCCACAACGUCCUCUGGAGAGGAGGGCACCGAUGCGCCACGAGCGAAGCCGCCGCACGUCAUGGACACACUGUCUUUCAGUGUUGAGCUCGGCCACCAGCAGCACCAGCGGCACGGCCUGACGCCGUCCACCACCGCCCACCCCACAGCCAGCACCUUCAGCCUCGCGACGGCAGCCACGGCCCCCACACUGAGUGCGCACUACACGGCAGACGGGGUCGACAACGCCGGUCGUAAAACACUUUUACACCCUCUGAAGCAGUCCUCGAGCAUCAACACCCCUACCCCCACCGCAAACAGCAGCAUCACGGGCGACGAUGUGGGCGAUCACCUCCACGAGGGUGUGGAGAGUAGCAUCAUCCACAACGGAACGCCACUGAUGCCUGCGGCGCGCUCGCCGUCUUACGGAUCCAUGACGAGUCAGCUGAUGCCGGAGCUGGCGAGUGGCAGUGGUUUGACGCCUGCAGAUGGCCCCCUGUCAGUGCCGAACAACUGGCGCAUCGCCUGUGCGCCGACCGUACCGCCGAGUCGCUCCGACGGGCUUGUCGUAACCGCGACGCUGACAUGCUCCUCCGUCGAGUUACUGAAGCCGCUGAAGCCGACUGAGGCGCCCUCUACGGCGGCAUCGCCGUCCGAAGAGAUGAUAAAGGUGGACGGUACCACGAACUUCAGUCUCACACCCAACAGCACCGCCACGCGCACGCCGCCACCGCAGUCGUUGUCUGCGGCGGACAUGUCCACGAGCAUCCAGGCUGCCACGGCGUCGUUGGUCGACAACACCGGCACGGAGAUUUACAAUAUCGAGCGGAACGGCCGUCACGCGUCGCCCUUGCGCGAUUGCUGCACGGUCUCCAUGCCCGCCGCCCAGCCGCCGGUGACCGCCGCUCUGCCGGCCUCGGAGUUGCCUGCGACGACACACACGAGAGUUGCCGCCGCCCUCAACGACGACCCCGCGCUGCCCGCGGCAACAGAUGGCAAGGAGAGCAACAUCAGCAUCAUCUCCUCCAACACGUCCAGCUGCUUGCAAGAGCGUCAGGGCAACCAUGCCGAGGCGCUCUCGACGUACUUUCGGGAGGUGCAGCCGGCAUCUGCCGCGCUGCCGGCACGAUGGCGCAAAGGCGUGUUGCAGUUCAACCCGGUGCUCAUGACGCUUCUCGGCAUCCGCAACUUGGCUGCGGCGUGUCGCCGAUUCCUGCGCGACAUCACUCUCAUCUCCACGGAGCGCUUUGGCACCCUGAGGCUCGUCCAGGUGCACCGCCACGCCAUCACCCACAUCAUCAACCGCUGCUGGCUCGUGGUGUCCAUCAUUGACCUGCUGCUCAAUACGAUGCGGCUGCUGCAGCCGGGCUGGGUCAAGUACGCGACGGCGCGGCAGAACAUUCAUUGCCGGUGCGGCUGCUACGGCGACGACGACCCGUCUGACAAGGUGUGGCGCACGCACGGCUUCAUUGCGCGGCGCAAGACGGACCUUUUUUUCCCUCCGCUGGAUCUCGACUACGGUGCGCCGUUUGUGUCGAGCAUCUCCUACAUGGAGGCGGCGGAUCCGGCGCAGCUGAUGGCGGCCUGCCGACGUUGUGGGUGUCUCUACCGCGAAAUCCUCUCCGAGUCGGAUCAAGAAGGGGACAAGGCAGAGGCAGAGGCGGUGGAUGUAAGCGGCGGUGCUUCGAUGCCGCCGUCACGCACGCCCGCCGCAAUGUCGAAGGCGGCAGCGUCCUUCAGCGACGACGGCCACCAUAAGGGGGAGAACCACCGUUCCGCCACACGGAAGCUCCUCUGCACGCCAGGCUUGGAGCGCGAGAAGCCGCGUUGGGUGCAGCUAUACAACGAGGAGGUGAUGUCGGGUGAGUCGCAGCAGCAGCAGCGCCUUCGUAGCCCUGGCGCGCGGUGGGAGAAGCAAAACCCCAGCAGUGAGGAGCAACAGGACUCGUCCGUGGAGCAGCUGGAGAAGCCAGUCAGCAACAAUAUGCUGAAGAGCUCCGCCGGCGAGAGGCAGCCUGCAGACGAGAUGCGCCAGCGUCGCAAGAGCGGUGCGGCUCGUGAGCGUCCAGCCGAAUCCUCGGCUGGUAUCCUCUUCGUGCCGUGGAUCAUGCGGAAGUUUUUCGACUACGUAUGGCUGCUGCGCGUGCACCCGAACCUGGCGUCGACGGUUCUCCUGGAGGCUCGCUGCAUCGCCGAGCUCUAUCUCUCCUACAAGUACUGCUUCGGUAACUUCGAAACCUUUAUGUCGGAUGCCCCGCUGCGUGCCAUCCUUAACCCGUACGGUGCCUUGGCGGGCAUCGUGAGCGCCUCCGUGGGGCUGCUGCGCGUCAUCGAGAGCGCGCCAUCCUCGUAA